AUGCCCUCGAUGUCGCAGCCGCAGAUCAGUAUAAUUGGUGCAGGAGUCUCUGGGCUGGUGCUCGGCCGAUGUCUCUUACAUCGCGGCAUACCCGCUGUCCUCUACGAUAAAGACGCUCCUCGCUCUGGGUCCGCCCGACAUGGAUAUGGCAUCACACUGCAUCGAGAAACGUACAAACCAUUGCUGAAGUACAUUGGACUGGAUGAGACUGCCUUCAGAAGACGAGUCGCCGUUGAUUCCGCAGUCAAUGGCAUUGGCCGCAUAAGCAACCACGGCCGCGACAGUGAUGCAUCCUCCUUCCGCGCCAACAGAGCAAAACUCGAGAAUCUCCUCAGCGAGGGUCUCGAUAUAAGAUGGGAUCACGGACUAUCCUCACUCACAUCCGAGAACAGUACGAACAGCUUAACGUUCUCCAACGGGCAGCAAGUGCAAUCAUCUCUUGUCGUCGGUGUCGACGGAGUACACUCUUCAGUCCGCAAAUCCAUCUCCCCAAACACAGACUUCACGGUCCUACCAUUCGCCGUCUACAACGGCAAACGCCGCCUCUCCCGCUCAGCCUUCGGCCAAGACUAUGCUCCGUAUAUGGACAGCACCAACCUCGUCGAGCACAGACAAGGCCAAACCCUCUUACAGAUCUCAACCAACGACAUGACCGCCAACGAAGUGAGCAUAAGCUACAUCUACUCCCGUCCCUCCCACGCCCAGCCCGAUGCCCUCUUCACCCCCGACCGCCCCAAAACAGCCGCUACAGACAUCCCCUCCGCCCUCUUUGACGAAAUCGCCACGCUCAAAGACCUACCACCUCCAUUUAGGGACGUCUUCAACCCCGCCACAAUGCGCAAGGAUCGUCUACUAAACUGGCUCAUGCGCUCCCUGCUCGUCCCAGCCUCGGAUCUCGAGAACGCGGCGGAACGAGGUAUUGUGUUGAUAGGUGAUGCGAUGCACGCUACGCCGAUCCUCGGAGGCGAGGGGGCGAAUUGGGCCAUUGAGGAUGGGAUUGCGCUGGCAGAGUGGAUUGUUGAGAAGGGUGGUGAGGGUUUUGGAGGGUUUUUGGAGGGGAGGUAUGGACGGUGGAAGGAGGCUAUUGGCCAGGGGGAGAGGGAGUUGGAGGGGAUGCAUGGGGUGGGGAGGGCGAGUUUGUGA